AUGGCCCCAAUUGCCUGCUGCAGCCCGCGUAGCCUAGCAGCCCGCGAUAGCUUUAAUUGCGCUGUAGCCCGUGCAGCCCGCGAUGGCCUCAAUUGCCUGCUGCAGCCCAGCAGCCCGCGAUGGCCUCAAUUGUCUGCUAUAGCCCGGCAGCCCGCCAUGCCUUCAGUUGCUGCAGCGGGCUACGUGCGCAGGCCGCUGGAAUGA